AUGAGUUGUAAAAACACAAGUAAUAGUUUUAGAUAUAAAGAUCUUAGAAAUAAGGACAUUAAUGUUAGAGCUUAUAAAGAAAGAGAAGAUAUUAGAAUGCAACUUGACAGCAAUAGCAAAAAAAAUGCUUAUUUUAAGGUUUGA